AUGAACUCGUCAGUUGACCCAUGCUCCGAUUUUUACGAGUAUGCAUGUGGUCAGUGGAUACGGGGUCAUCCAAUUCCUGACGAUGCUCCUUCAGUGAGCAAUUUCGAGAACCUUGGACAAGAUCUCGAGUUCGCCUUGAAAGUUCUGGACCUCCAAAUAACUAUCGAUGCGGUUAAAUAA